CCGAUAUUCGUCACAUCACCACCAUACGUACCCUUGUAAAAUCGAAAUUUUGUAAAACCCCAUUCGGAAAAAGGAAAAUGGAAGCUGUGAACAGAACAAGCAGACUGAGAAAAAAACACACAAACACUUACAGAUCCAACAAGAUUUACAUCAUCAUCUCAUUAAUCACAGUAUCCAUCUUUCUCUUAUAUAUCUUCUCCCAAAACAACAAUUCCAUUCUUUUUCUCAAAUCCCCAAAACCCACACAAUGUAUAACAACAAUACCCCAAAAAGGAGAAAAAUUCCUGUGGUACGCACCACACAGUGGGUUCAGCAACCAGUUGUCAGAAUUCAAGAACGCAAUGUUAAUGUCGGGUAUUCUUAACAGGACAUUGAUUGUUCCACCUGUUCUUGAUCAUCAUGCUGUUGUUCUUGGAAGUUGUCCCAAGUUUAGGGUUUCUGAUCCUAAAGAUUUGAGAUUUGCUGUUUGGAAUCAUGCCCUUGAUUUGAUUCGAGAACAUAGAUAUAUAUCAAUGGCAGAUGUCAUUGAUAUUUCAUCAUUGGUUUCUGAUUCAGCAGUCCGAGUUAUAGAUUUCCGUAAGUUUGUAUCUCUGUUAUGUGACAUGGAUAUCAACAAUUUCUGCAUUAAGGAUUUAAAUAUGGAUGAUUUGUUGUUGGAAAAACUAAAGAAAUGUGGAUCCCUACUAUCUGGGUUAGAGGAUGAUGUAAAUGAUUGUGUGUAUGCUGUUGAAGAAGAUUGCAGGACAACUGUUUGGACAUACCAAAAAGAUGGUGAAAAUGGGGCAUUGGAUUCUUUCCAACCCGAUGAACAACUUAAAAGGAAAAAGAAGAUUUCAUUUGUUAGGUGGAGGAAAGAUGUUUAUGAUACCCUCGGUCCUCAUUCUAGAGCCGAUCUAGCCACUGUUUUGUCAUUUGGUUCACUUUUCACGGGCCCAUAUAAGGGCUCCGAGUCAUACAUCGAUAUCCAUGAAUCUCUAAGAGACCCAAAGAUACAGUCAUUGAUAAACAAGAUCGAGUUUCUUCCAUUUGUUCCCGAGAUUUUGGAUGCAGGGAAAGCAUAUGCCAUCCACACAAUAAAGUCACCUUUUCUUUGUGCACAACUUAGAUUAUUAGAUGGGCAGUUCAAGAACCACCAGAGGGCUACCUUUCAGGGGCUAAAACAAAAAUUAGAUUCUUUGAGGCAAAAAGAGAGUUUGCCAAUUCAUAUUUUUGUAAUGACAGAUUUGCCCAUGAGUAAUUGGACUGGAACUUAUUUAGGAGAAUUAGCAAAUGACUCAGAUUCGAUUAAGUUAUUUCUUCUUUCAGAAAACGAUGAGUUGGUUAUACAAACUGCCAAGAAAGUUGUAGAUGAAGGUCAUGGUAUGAAGUUUGGAGCGUCUUAUAGUGGCAGUAAUGAAAAAGAUUGUUACAGGGGUCAAAAAUUACCUGAGAUUCUUCUACAUGUUGAAGAAACAGUUUGUAGUUGUGCUUCCCUCGGUUUUGUUGGAACUACUGGAUCUACCAUCGCAGAUAGCAUAGAAAUGAUGAGAAAGAAAGAAGUAUGCUCUCAUUGAAGUUUAACGUUUUGUAAGCCACAUUUGAUUGCGAAUGAUUGCUCAGCUCGAAUCUUGUUUACACGCAUAACUAUUAGAAAUCGGAACCUUGGGUUGCAAAAGUAUGAAGUCUGGCACAUAUUUUAAAAGUCGGAUUGCUGUGGAAGAGCUGAGGACUUUACGGGAUUUAGCCUGUCAACAAAGUGUGACCUCCUUAAUUAUGCAUUCAUGCUUCAAAUGUAAGUUAACUUUUUGUCAAUGUAAAGGAAGAUCAAAUUAUACAUGAAUAGGAAUUAGGAAAUGACAAAUGAGUCGAGCCUUUUUGAAAUCUGAGUUUCACUAUGUCCAUAUGCUAUAUAAGUAUAUUUGCAACAUAAACACCAUAUAAGUCCUUUCUCUCUUUUUGAAGCGUGUAACUAUAUCAGUAUAUGUUUCUCGUCUGUAAUAACACUUUUGUGGGGUACUUUUGGUGGAAAACUACAUAUUUAGUACUAUUCAUAUAUUGAACCAUUGUCGAGUUAUUAUUCGAAA